CAAGUCAACCAAGCUACUACUUCAAAAUUUUCUGAUCAUCCAAACAAAACCCACCAUUAUCACAGCUCUCCUUCGCGCUUUGAGAGUACACUAUGCACCUUCUUCUUCUUACUCUUCUCUUGAUUCUUCUUCUUUCUCUUGUAAAAUUUGUUCACACAUUCAUAUGGACCCCAUAUCGGAUCCAACAGCACUUCAAAAAGCAAGGUAUAACCGGCCCUGCCUAUCGCUUGAUCACCGGAAACACGGCCGAUAUCCGCCGUGGGUUUGCAGAAGCUGCGUCCAAGCCAGUAUCGACCUUUGACCACGAUAUUCUUUACCGUGUAUCGCCUAGUUAUCACAGGUGGUCGCGCAUGUAUGGGAAACCAUUUUUGUACUGGUUCGGGUCAACGCCCCGGCUUGGAAUAUCUGAGCCGGAGAUGAUCAAGGAGGUGCUUAAGAAUACGGGUGGGUUAUUUGAGAAGAUUCGUUUUAACCCCCUGGCUGAGCCGCUAUUUCAGCAGGGACUUGUUGGGCUUACGGGUGAUUUAUGGGCAUUUCACAGAAGGAUCGCCAAUCAGGCCUUCAACAUGGAGCGAGUUAAGGCUUGGAUUCCAGAAAUGGUAGCUAGCACCAUGAUGAUGCUUGAAAAAUGGGAGGAAAUAAGAGGAGGGAGAGAUGAAUUUGAGAUGGAAGUGCAUAAAGAACUUCAUGAUCUGUCAGCGGAUAUGAUAUCCCGUACAGCUUUUGGAAGUAGUUUUGAAGAAGGAAAGCGUAUUUUUAAGUUACAAGAAGAACAAAUGCAGCUAUUCAUUGAAGCUUCAAGAGGUGUCUAUUUUCCAGGGUUCAGGUUCUUGCCUACCAAGAAAAACAGAGAGAGGUGGAGACUCGACUCAGAAACUCGUGAAUCAAUAAGGAUGCUGAUCAAGAACAAUGGCUCGGCUAGAGAAAACUCAAGAAAUCUACUUAGUCUUUUAAUGUCAUCCUACAAAAAUCAAGAUAACCAAGAGGAGAAAUUGGGGGAAGAUGAAAUUAUUAAUGAAUGCAAGACCUUUUAUUUUGCGGGAAAGGAGACAACUGCUAAUGUUUUAACUUGGGCACUUCUACUUCUAGCAGAGCAUCAAGAAUGGCAAACCAAAGCAAGGGAAGAAGUGAUUCGUGUCUGCCGAAAUGAAGAGCUAGUUGCAGAAAACUUAAGUGACCUAAAGACUGUGAACAUGAUACUCAACGAAACACUUCGACUGUAUCCUCCUGUUGUCAAGUUGGUGAGGCAAACAUCUGAAACGGCGAAGGUGAAGCUAGGGAACCUUGACAUUCCUCCAGGCACACAGUUGAAUUUGGCCUUAACUGCUGUACAACAUGACACUGGUAUAUGGGGAGAAGAUGCUAAGAAGUUCAAUCCGCUAAGGUUCAACGAAUCCAGAAAGCACUUAGCCUCCUAUUUCCCAUUUGGUUUAGGCCCCAGAAUUUGUGUUGGUCAAAACUUAGCGAUGAUUGAGACAAAAAUCGUCCUAUCUAUGAUCAUCAAACGAUAUAGUUUUGUGUUGUCGCCAACUUAUGUUCAUGCUCCAAUGCUAUUUGUAACCUUGCAGCCUCAAUAUGGUGCGCCCAUCAUCUUUACCCAGAUUCAUUGAGAUCUGCAAAGUGAAAGCAUUAGAAUAAUAAGGUGCACUCUGGAGGUUUUCGACAUCAUUGAAAGCAUCUUCAAAUAGGUAGAAGUAUUUGAUGUCUGUGUUAAAGCACUUCUAUUAAGAAUGUUUUAGCUUUUCAGAAAGCUAGUGGAAGAAAUUAUAAAACAGAAGCUUUAUUUAUUUAAAUAUAUCAACUGUCAUUGUAAACUCUCAAAAGAUAGUUCAACUGGCAAGAAA